GAUAGGGGCCUAGUUUUUUCCCGAGUUUCCUUAUCCUCAGCCUAGCCUCGAUUUGGCCGGACAGGGGAAAACACUUUGGGAUUUCCAGAACAAAAGCAAGCCACACGAACGGACGACCGACGCAAGCAACACCAAAGAAACGCCAUUGGGGUUUGUGCUGAACCACACUGCCUCCUGCUGGGGAAGGGGGGGAACUACAACCCCGGACAGACGGACAGAGAGGGGGAGAGCGGUGACCUCCGCUACAUAAAGGGCAAAGGGACCCCAGACCCCGCCCCCUUCCCAGUUUUCCUCUUUGCGCAACGAGGACCGAAACCGAAGAGCCUCAGCUGGGAACGCUCUGGAGAAAAGGGAGUGAAGGGUGGAGGGGAGAUGAGUGUCAUGGCGACGCGCGCGGAGUGUGAGCGCAGGAUGGAGGCGUGGCAGCGGCCCGGCGGGGGGGAGGGGGGCAACGCCACGCCCCGCUCGUACCGGGGCUCCCACCCCAACGCCAGCGGGCGCCCGGCCCCGCCCUCCGAGCACGCGGCGCCGGCCGACAGCGAGGGGGCGGGGCCCCACGGCGCGGCGGCCAGCUUCAGCACCAAUCACAACGCGGUGGUGUGCCUGCCGCUGGUGUCGGAGGGCCUGAAGCUGGUGUGGACGCAGUCGGACCAGACCCGCGAGCUGGACGGCGUGCCCGAGCUGGCCCAGGCCUUCAACCUGUUCCCCUACCCCGCCUCGCGCGAGCUGGCCCUGCUGGCCCGCGCCUGCGCCCUGCCGCUGGACAAGGUGAAGGUGUGGUUCAUGGUGCAGCGCAUCAAGUACGGCAUCAGCUGGGCCUCCGAGGAGAUCGAGGAGACGCGCCGCAAGCUGGCCGGGCCGGAGCGCCUGGGCACGGCGGGGGAGGAGGGGGAGGGGGAGGAGGCGCAGGAGGCGCAGGACGUGGGCGAGGCCACGCACCCCAAACGGGCCAAAUACGAGCCCCCGGCCCGGCCCCACUUCCGCUCGUCCCUCCCCCCGCCGCAGGACUCCUACUACUACCGGCCCCCGGAGGGGCCCCCCCCAGCGCCCCCGGCCCCCCCCGCGGCCCCGGGGCCCCCCACGCCCCCGGGCCGGGCCGGCCGCUACAAGAAGUCGAAGGCGCAGCUGGCGCUGCUGCGGAGCAGCUUCCUGCGGGAGAACUGGCCGGCCGAGGCGGAGCUGCGGCGGCUGCAGGGCGAGACGGGCCUGAGCCGCAACGACAUCCGCAAGUGGUUCAGCGACAGCCGGUACCAGCUCCGGCACGGCCGCGGGGCCGGCCCGCCCGCCCGCAAGGCCACGCCCCCCCCCCCCGCCCAGCAGCUGCACCCGCUCCCCCUGCUCGCCCGCCAGCCGCCCGCCGGGGGCGGGGCCAAGGCCGGGGGCGGGGCCCGCGGGAGGGUCGCCCGGAGCAACGGGGCCGGGGGCGGUGGUGGGGACGCCGGCUUCUUCGAGAACUUCCUCUCCAGCAGCCUGCAGGCGGUGACGCAGGAGGUCAGGGCGGCGAUGGACGUGGAGGCGGAGGAAGAGGAGGAGGAGGAGGAGGAGGAGGAAGAAGAGGAGGUGGAGGGCGAGGGCGAAGAGGAGGUUUUGUCACUGGAGCACUUGGCGGCGAUGGAGAUGAAGGAGGAGGAGGAAGAGGAGGAGAGCGAGGAAGAGCAACCCCUCCAGCUCAUCGGGAACCGCGAAGACCCGGAGGUCAACCCGCCCACCACGGCGUCGACCACGUCGUCCUCAUCAUCCUCUUCCUCCCCCACCCCGUCCGUCCCCAACAAGCGUGCCGUCGCCGGGGGGAACCGGCCCACCAAACCCGCCCCCUCCGGCACCACCACCACCACCACCACCACCACCACCACCACCCCUUCCUCCUCCUCCUCCUCCUCGUCCUCCUCGCCGGGGCUGACGCCGGCGGGCCGGCCGCGGAAGACGAAGGCCCAGCUGGACGUGCUGAAGCAGCACUUCCUGCGCUGCCAGUGGCCGCGCAGCGAGGACUACUCGCGGCUGGUGGAGCUGACGGCGCUGCCGCGCGCCGACGUCAUCCAGUGGUUCGGCGACACGCGCUACGCGGUGAAGAACGGGCAGCUGCGCUGGGUGCGCGGCGUGCGGGACGGCUUCAUGGCGGCGCUGGCCGCCCAGCGGGGCGCCGGGGCCCGCAAGCGCAGGUCCCAGGAGGGCGGGGCCGCGGGGGGGGGGCCCGCGGGCGCGGGGGACGCGGCGGUGCCGGACCCCGGGCCCCUGGAGGCGUACCGCCGGCAGACGGGGCCCCUGCAGGAGAAGGACCUGGACGGGCUUUGCCGCCGGUCGCGCAUGAGCUACCAGCAGGUGCGCGAUUGGUUCGCCGCGCAGGAGGGCGGGGCCUCCGAUGGCGAGCUGAACGUCACUGACUGA